AUGACCUCCAAAGCCCCCAUCCCCUUCUCCGACCCCCCAGCCCUCAUGGGCCUCCCCUCCCCCUACUUCACCCCUUCCCACCUCCAAUGGGCCAAAGCCAUCCGCCCCUUCAUCACCUCCAACCUCCACUCCCUCGCCGUCGAAUCCGAGCAAUCCCCCACCGCCACCGUCCCCGAAUCCGUCUUUUCCACCUUUGCCAACCACCACAUGCUCAUCCCCGCCCUCCCCGCCCCCCUGCCCGCAGCCUGGCUCAAAAAACUCGGCAUCCACACCCUCCUCGGCGGUCUGAAAGUAGAAGACUUUGACUCCCUUCACGGCUACAUCUACAGCGACGAAAUGGUCCGCUCCGGCCUCGCCGGCCCCCCAGGCUCCCUCACGACCGGCAUCGCCUUCGGCCUCCCCCUCAUCCUCAAGUUCGGCUCCCCCAUCCUCCAAGAAAAAACCGUCCCCGACAUCCUCCUGGGCAGAAAAAGAAUCUGCAUCGCCAUCACAGAACCCGAGGCCGGCUCCGACGUGGCCGGGAUCGUGACUACGGCCAAGAAAUCCCCCGACGGGCAACACUACAUUGUAAACGGCACCAAGAAAUGGAUCACAAACGGCAUCUGGUCCGACUACGCCUCCAUGGCCGUCCGCACCGGCCCCCCCGGUUCGGGAGCAGCAGGCAUUUCCCUCCUUGUCGUCCCGCUCAAAAACCACCCCGGGGUUAACAUGCGCCGUCUCAAAGUCGCGGGGCAAAUCUCGGCCGGGACUACUUUCAUCGAGCUGGACGACGUGCAAGUCCCGGUUGAGAACCUGAUUGGAAAGGAAAACCACGGGAUGAAGUACAUAAUGACCAACUUCAACCAUGAGAGGUUAGCCGUCGCCACGGGGACGACAAGGCAGGCUCGGGUGGCGCUCAGCGCGGCCUUCGAGUACGUCAUGAAGAGGGAGGCGUUUGGAAAGCCGCUGGUGGAACAGCCCGUGGUGCGGCACCGGCUGGCGAAAGCGGGCGCGUUGCUGGAGAGUUUGACUGCGUGGGUGGAGCAUUUUGCUUAUUGGAUGACAAGACUGCCGGCGGAGGAGGCGGAUGUCAAGUUGGGGGGUAUGACGGCGUUGCUGAAGGCGCAGGCGGGGAUUGUGUUCAGGGAGUGUGCUGAUACGGCGGUGUUGUUGUUUGGGGGCAAUGGGUUCACCACUACGGGGCAGGGGAUGGUUGCUGAGAUGCUCUACCGAGAGGUUCCGGGGACGAGAAUUCCGGGAGGGUCGGAGGAUGUCCUGCUUGACUUGGCGGUUCGGCAGCUGCUCAAGAUUUACCAGGUGCAGACCAAGAUGUUGGAGGAUGGAAAGGCUGCGAAACUGUAG